AUGAGUAUCCAGGUGUAUCCAUCCCCCUACCUCCACAGUCAUCUCAUAUGACAGCUUCGGCCUCUUCUUCAGUUUCUUCUCCAGGUAGCUGUUAGCCUCUGUCUGCUUGGCCCCCACGCUGGUGGCCCUGAAGCCACAGAAGUAGCCUGCCGGGUCACACUUAUACAGCAUGGGACCCAUCUGGGGGUCCAUGGCCACCAAGAUCAUACCUGGAGACAUGGGGAGGAGAAGGUUUUGGGUCUGAGUCCUCUGUGUGGGAGUUAGGACUCACCUACUGCACUUACAGAGUUGUUCAAUCACUUUAGUGCCAUUUUCACAACUCUAAGCACAAAAAUCUAAACAGAUCAUCAAAAUGGCUAAUGUGUCAAAACUCUAAGCACAUUUUCAGUUGACUGAGUGCAACUAAUAAAUUCACAGUCUUUUGUUCACUGCACCAAAUCACUCUUUCAAUUUGGAUACAUAUUCUAUCUACAAAACAAAAAUAUAAACACAACAUGUAAAAUGUUGAUCACUUGUUUCAUGAGCUGAAAUAAAAGAUCCCAGAAAUGUUCCAUACAAAAAAGCUUAUUUCUCUCAAAUUUUGUGAACAAAUUUGUUUACAUCCCUGUUAGAGAGCAUUUCUCUUUUGCCAAGAUAAUCCAUUCACCUGACAGGUGUGGCAUAUUAAGAAGCUGAUUAAACAGCAUGAUUAUUACACAGGUGCACCUUGUGCUGGCGAUAAUAAAAGGCCACUCUAAAAUGUGCAGUUUUGUCUGACAACACAAUAAUACAGAUGUCUCAAGUUUUUAGGGAGCAUGCAAUUGGCAUGCUGACUGCAGGAAUGUCCACCAGAGCUGUUGCCAGAGAAUGUAAUGUUCAUUUCUCUACCAUAAGCCGCCUCCAACGUUGUUUUAGGGAAUUUGGCAGUACGUCCAACCAGCCUCACAACCGCAGACUACGUGUAUGGCGUCAUGUGGGCGAGCGGUUUGCUGAUGUCAAUGUUGUGAACAGAGUGCCCCAUGCUGGCAGUGGGGUUAUGGUAUGGUCAGGUAUAAGCUACGGACAACGAACACAAUUGCAUUUUAUCGAUGCCAAUUUGAAUGCACAGACAUACUGUGACGAAAUCCUGAAGCCCAUUGUCGUGCCAUUUAUCUGCCGCCCUGACCUCAUGUGUCAGCAAGAUAAUGCACGGCCCCAUGAUGCAAGGAUCUGUACACAAUUCCUGGAAGCUGAAAAUGUCCCAGUUCUUCCAUGGCCUGCAUACUCACCAGACAUGUCACCCAUUGGGAAUGUUUGGGAUGCUCUGGAUUGACGUGUAUGACAGCAUGUUCCAGUUCCCGCCAAUAUCCAGCAACUUCGCACACCCAUUGAAGAGGAGUGGGACAACAUUCCACAGGCCACAAUCAACAGCCUGAUCAACUCUAUGCGAAGGAGAUGUGUCGCACUGCAUGAGGCAAAUGAUGGUCACACCAGAUACUGACAGGUUUUCUGAUCCAUGCCCCUACCUGUAUUUUUAAGGCGUCUGUGACCAACAGAUGCAUAUCUGUGUUCCCAGUCAUAUGAAAUCCAUAGAUUAGGGCCUAACAAAUUGAUUUCAAUUGACUGAUUUCCUUAUAUGAACUGUAACUCAGUAAGAUUUUGAAAUUGUUGCAUUUUCCGUUUAUAUUUUGGUUCAGUAUAAGUAUCUGCGUUUCAAAAUGCAAUAUUCACAUUACUUUUUUUAUGAUUUUCUUGUCAUUUGUUAAAAAUACAAUUAACUAUUUCUUAAUCAAACUGCUCAAAACGGAUAACUACUGAACCAAAAUGAUGUAGUGCCUAGGUAAUGUGCGGUGCAUUCAGAAAGUAUUCAGACCCCUUCCCUUUUUCCACAUUUUGUUACGUUACAGCCUUAUUCUAAAAUUGAUUAAAUUAUAUAUUUUCCUGUAUCAAAUACUUGUUCUCCCCACUGUAUAUUUAAGCAAUAAUGCCCGAGGAGAUGGGGUAUAUGGCCAAUAUACCACAGCUAAGGGCUGUUCUUACGCACGACGCAACGCGAAGUGCCUGGAUACAAUCAUUAGCCAGGGUAUAUUGGCCAUAUACCACAAACCCCUGAGGUGCCUUAUUGCUAUUAUAAACUGGUUACCAACGUAAUUAGACCAGUAAAUAGUACUUUUUUGUCAUACCCAUGGUAUACGGUCUGAUAUACCACAGCUUUCAGCCAAUCACCAUUCAGGGCUCGAACCACCCGGUUUAUCAAACAAUAUAUUCCACUCAUUAUCUGAAUUUUAUUGAUACACUGUUAGAUGAUGAAUUUCAAGCAGAGAGACAGGCGAUACUGUUUCAGUUGACAAGUCACGUAGAAAAGGUGAUCUUGUACAAUGUUGCAUGGGGCAGAAAUGGCUUCCAACACUGUGCUAUGUUUUUGCAGUAGCCAACUGUUUUACAAUACCCCGAUUUUUUGUCCUACUAAUGUACUGUAAAAAGAUAAUGGAACCGUAAGACUGACAUAUUUCUCAACAUGCUCACAACCUGCCAUUGGAUACAAAUGAUAAAAUAAUUGUGCAUGUCAAGUUAUAGUCAAAUACUGUAUGGAAAAUGAUAUUCACCAUCUACUACUCUUUCUAUUGACACUUCAGAAAUACACAUUUUGAAAUGUUUAUCUUGUAUUUUUUUCUAUUGGAAUAAAUGGUAGUUAAAAUUACUAAAUGGUGAGCCUAUCAUUAUCUGAUGUAUUGGUGACUAAACAAAAUGUUCUCAGGGUAUUUCACAUAAAACUUUGAUUCUGCAUGAAAUACUCAUGGGUGAAAGUUGUGUGAAACCCCAAUGAAUGCACAAUCAAAGGUUCUGAACCUAAGAUAGGAGGGCAUUACAUGUGUUAUCAGUUUAGAGUUUUGUAAAUAUACCACUUACAUUUGAAAAAUGCGGCAAAGUGAUUGAAAAAAACGGUAUUACUGGGCAAUCAGGGAGAGGAAAAAAGGGUGUAUAGAGUGAGAGGUAUUGAAAGAAAGGAGGUAGACAGUGGAUUAAUGGUAAGGGAGAGAGGGAGUGAAUCAAUGGAGAGGAAGAGGACAGAGAGACAUGGUGACAGGAGGACAGGGGUACACCACUCACAGCAUCCCAAAGGUCUCAUCUCAGCGUUCUGUGUGUAGACCUGGGAGAUGUCCGCCAUUCUCCGACACAACAUGUCUGCUGUGAUGUCAUAGCCAAACUUGUACUUCCAUUCGGCGGCCUCCACUCGUGCCCUGUGGACCUGGGAUCGACUGUCCGCUGAGGGGGAGAGGAAGAGAGAGUAAAAGGAUGUGUGUGUGUGUGUGUGUGUGUGAUGUGAGAUGUCGUCUGUGCCAUUAUACACACCAUUGUGUCCUGUCAUCACACAUCCAAUGCGUGGGGUAAGUGGGUACAUGUUGGUCAGAGUGGCAGAAUCCAGCAGCUUGUCCUGUGUUAUAAUGACAGGGUCACAUAUAUACAUAUAGUAGAUGAUACCUCAUUGUUGUUAGGAAUAUUGGUUCCACAAUAUAAGCUUUCCUUGGACAAGCUUUAACAAAUCAGUGGCGUGUGCCCUGUCAGCAGAAAUGCUUGAGACACCACUCUGUCAUGCUUCACUGUUCAUGACUGACUCUUUCUCUAAAGCCAGAUAUCAACAUUAUUUUUCUAAUUUGGAUGAAGUCAAAGAAAACUAAGACAGAAGCUCCUGGUACAUGGAGAUGUAGCUAAGGACCGAAGCUGAAUAUCUUACCGGCACUUUCUUCUGUGUGACCACCACAGCACAGUCUGUCCCCCGCACGCCCAGUGAUGUCAACCCACCCUGGGCGAUUGCUUUGAAGGCAUACUCUGAGGGACAACACAUAAGAACAUGAGAUUAUACUUCUUAAAUAUAGGCUAACUUUUAACCCCCCCCCCCCCCCCCCCCCCCCCCUCCCAACCCACAUAUUCUAUGUGAAAUACAUAAUCACAAUACGUUAACAAUCACAAUAUACUACACUUUUGGCAUAUGGGGAUGCUCAUCAUCAGAUACAGCUACAGCGUAACACAUUCACAGCGCGAUUAUUUUACAUUUGAGAUGAUAUAGAACGAUACAUAUACAGAGGCUAGAUUAGCCUAGUUCGUCCCCUGCAUGAAACAAAACUGGAGGAAUGAAGCAAAAUAUCUCACCGACUUGAUAGAGGCGGCCCUCAGGAGAAAAAAUCGUAAUGUGUCGGUCAAAUCCAGCAUUCGAACCACGGGACAUUGCUUUGCGUCAAAUGAUGCUCACCUAAAGUGAACUUUCGGCGAGUUACCUGUUACCUUUUCUGCAGUAGCCUAAUAGCCUUAUAGGACUAUAUUCACCGUUUUUUUUCAGUUGCAGUAAAACAAGAAGAUCACUCUACAAUAGAGAGAAGACGAUGAAAAUGGUGUUUGUUGAGCUUCCCGUGGAGUUUUACUUUCUCUUUCUUUUUUCAAUGAACCAUGAGAAGGCUGGCACAUAUGAGCUGUGAACAACAUUAGCGUGAGCAACAAUAGUGGAAUCGGUGGUUUGCCUUCAAAAUAAAGGUUCCAAAAUUGAAACUGAAUCAUGCCACAAUUGGACUAUAAUGCUAAACAAGGUUGGAAUGUUGCUAUACAAAUUCAACUAAAUAUAAUAAUGAGUUAAUUUUACACAAAAAAAGUAAACAUUCGGUUGAAAUUGCACUGUGGAUGUAUUAGACUUCAGAAUUGCCUUAUCUAUGGAUCUUGUGUCCAUGAAAUUGGGUAUCAGCCUACUCAAUGACACUCACAGAACAGCUAUGCCAGUCCAUAUGAUGCAAAACGCAGCAUCAUAUGAUGCAAAAUGCAUCAUACUGGCUGUAUUUCUGUAUUUUGAAAGUUAUAUAUCUUGAAAACUUGAUUGCUGAAAUGGAAAACUGUUUGGGACUAUAUCAACAAUAGACCAAUUAAACAAAUACCAAAAUAUAGUUUUUGGGUGGAGUUUCCUUUAAAUUCCUUCAAUAAGAGCAAUGAUGAUAAUGUUUGUAUACACUCUACAUAGUUGUAUUCUGUGAGUGUCACUGAGUAGGCUGAUACCUCAUUUCAUGGACCCAAGAUCCAUAGGUGAGUCUGUACAUUGCAAUGUAAGUAUGCCCCAAUGCAAUUCGGAAGUACAAUAAUUUACAUCCGCAUUGUGAUUUCAACAGAUUUAUAACGUUUUUUGUGUCAAAUUAACUAAUUCUUAUGUUUUGUUGAAUUUCUAUAUCAACAUUCCAACUUUGUUUAGCAUUAUCUAGUCCAGUUGUGGAAUAAUUCCAACAUUUGGAUCCGUUCGCAUCAGUUUCAAUGGGGAACUUUUAUUCUGAAGGUCAAUCGCCGAUUCCACUAUUGUUGCUCACGCUAAUGUUGUUAACAACACACUGGUAAGGUUGGCUAUAAUUUGAUCGCAAUAAGGAAGUUGUCUGUGGAAGGAUAUAGGCCUACUGGCAAAAUAAAUCUGUAUGUUAUACCACUUUUUUUAGAGGAAAAACUUUUUCACUCAGGCCCCUCUUCCAGCAUUGGGGAACACCCCCCCCCCCCCCCCUCCCCCCUCCGCGCGCGAGCGCGCCACGUAUAUUUCUAUGGGUACAAGCACUGUUCAUGACACAAACUGUUCACACUGCUCUUGUUGUUGGAGAGAACAUUUCGCAGGUUUAAAGCAAAUUGUCUUGAAAUUCUAUACAUUUUGCCAUGUCUAAUGUGUAUUCAUGUGAUAUUUGAGUGACUCAAACCAUACAACAAAAUCUAUGGGCUAAAAUACCUAGCUAAAAAACGUUAGCUGACAUGGGGUAGUUGAUCUGGACAUUUCUGACAAGUUAUAAAUAGCUCUCUAAGGUAUGCAAUGACUGACAUUACAAGAGGAAAACUGACUAUGCACUACUCAAUUUCGAAAUUGCUCCUUGUGCAUUCUACUUUUACAACUUUCAAGAGUAAGUUGAAAGCCGGACCGAGUAGCGCACCACCUAGGGGACACGCCCCACAGUUUGGGAACCACUGCCCUACAGUAUAUGAAAAUCUAUGCCUAUUCCCAUUUCGUAAAGAAGAGGUAUCUCUCUCUCUCUCUCUCUCUCUCUCUCUCUCUCUCUCUCUCUCUCACGCCCCCAAGUCAUCAGUAUUGCCUACCCUUUGUCCAACCAGCCUAGGCAUUGCUCCUCUGCCCAAAUGUCUACUGUAGGCUACAAUGGAGCUUCUCCUGCAGCCUUACUCAUUUGUGUUCUCCUCGGUGUAACUGUCAUAAAUUGUCACUUAACAUUUUCAUUCAACAUUGAACUCCCUCUGGACGGGAGCCACGGUGUUGAGAUGGUUGAGGUAAGUCAAUUUCCAUUACAUUGCAUUAUUCUCUAAGGUUUGUGAUGGAAUACAUGAGAAUAGUGUCAUUAUAAGGUUGCAAAAAUACAAUCUGUAGGCAUGUGAGUGAUACAUUGGUAAUUGCUUUAUAGUGUAGUUAGGAAACAAGUUAUGCCAGUUGAAGUCACCUGCUUGGAGCUCCUCUCAAACAGAGGGGAACAAUAGCUGUAGCGUUUGCCUCACAAGUGCAUGUCAUAGCAUUACAUUUGAAUGUCUACAUAUCAAUUUGUGCCUGAAGCAGAGGAUAUUUCAUUCACACUUCCUUUUCUCUCCUGAUACAGAUAGCUCUCAGUCAGCCAUUGGAGUCUCAAGGACCCUUUGAGGUCAUUGUACACAAGCUCUCUGAUGUCAUUGUCGAGGCAGAGUACGACAGCCAAUCGCAACAGCUCCUCGACAACUUCCAGGUAUGGUAAAAUGGCCCAUUUAAUGGAUUACAACAGCGGUAACAACAUUAUACUUUAUCAUACUAAAGUAUAUGUUUGUGUGUUUCAGGGUUAUGUGUCCGCCCAUCCCCAUACUGUUCUUCUGGACCCCAUUCCAGCAAUGAGCCAGCUACUGGAUCGCUUUGCCUCCUAUCGGAUUAUGAACCAGCACCAGAACUCCCUGAGAGAUACAGUACAGUAGCCUCACUGUCCCUCUUCUAGACAUCUGCCAAGCCAAGCUCUCUCUCUCCUCUGUCUUAUGCUCUUCCUGAUCCCUCCCCCCUGUAGACUGGCGAAUCAGCAGCCCUCCCUACCUGGAGAUCACCACCAGUGACCUGUCAGUCAUCCAGGAGGACGUGGAGAGCAAGGGCCUCAGCUUCCCUCUGAGUCAGUGAGGGACUGUCUACAACCAAACACAUAAACAUACAGCUAAUUAAUCUUAUUGUAUACAGAGCCUUCACACCAGGCAAUGGUGAUUCAGUUUUUGGCAAACUCCUUUUAUCUAAUUUAUAAGACAUUUACGGCCGAUUUCCCGGACACAGAUUUAGCCUAGUCUUGGAAUAAGAAGCAUGUUCAAUGGAGAUUGUCCAUUGAAAGUGCUUUUUAGUCUAGGACUAGGCUUAACCUGUGACUGGGAAUCUGUCCCAUAAGAUCGUGUGUUGUGUCUCCUCACACCUCACUAUUCCUCUUCCUCUUAGUCUGUAAAACCAGGGUGGCUCAUGGAUCCCGCUCCCAUGAGGUAAGAGACUGUUUGUCUUUCUAUUGCUCACAGUCUUUUUGCAUAUUUUCCCAUUUAUUUGUUACUAUUUUCUGCCUUUUUGUGUGGCUCAGUGUAUUGCUGCUUUGUUGACACUGUGAUCUCUCUCUCUAGGUAUGGUAAACACGGACCCCAUGGUCAGUGUGGACACACCCUCACCUCUUCUCCCUCUUCUUCUCCAUCUCUCUCUCUCUCUCUCUCUCUCUCUCUCUCUCUCUCUCUCUCUCUCUCUCUCUCUCUCUCUCUCUCUCUCUCUCUCUCUCUCUCUCUCUCUCUCUCUCUCUCUCUCUCAUUCUCAUGCAUGCUUAUACUGUUUUUAAUCAUCUGUUGCAAUAAAACUUCUUCCUAAUGUCUAUGGUGUGUUUUGUGACUCCAGAGAGGAAGACAAUCUUUUUCAACAGCCACAAGGUGUCCAAGCCAGAGUCCUGCUCCCACCUCACUGCAGUUAGUACGACCUCCACUCUGACAAUCAACUCUGUUCAAUUUGAUUAACUGGCACUGAUUCCUGUACAAACUAAUUCAAUCUGUUUUACCCUGUUCUACUUGACCCACUGUCUGCAAUAGGUAUUGUGCUAUCCACGGCCCGUAUUCAUAAUGCGUCUCAAAGUAGUAGUGCUGAGCUAGGAUACUGCUUGGUGACCUAAACUGGGAUAUGCUUACAGUUUUUCUCAAUUGCUAAAACACUAAACCCUAUUGUCUGAACCAAAUGCUCAGUUGCCUGAACCCACUGAUUGAAUCAAUCACUCUUUUGGCAAAACCAUAAGCACUUUUCACCUGUUUAGACAUAACUUGCAAACACAUUUUCAUUGUGAUGCACCCGUGCUGCAUAAUGGUGAGCACAGGUGACAAAAGUCAAACACAAUUAGAGCACAGGUGUCACCACUUGAACACAACAACUCAAAAUUGAUCACACUUGUGGCUAAUGAUGUGAGGGAACAUAUCCAGUAAGCCAGUUCAGAGAGCACUGGUUUGUGAGGCCCUACAAUGGAUAGAAAUCUGAGAGGAAGAGUUCGUGUGAGAGGAGGUCGAGGUGGUCGAGGUGGUCAGCGAAAACAAAGAACAGUAAUAUCUGAUGAAAUCAGAGCUACUGUGAUUGACCAUGUUCUUGUCCAUGGUAUGAGCAUGAGGGAGGCUGGACAAAGGGUACAACCAAACAUCAGUAGAUUCACUGUGUCCACCAUAAUCCGAAGAUUUAGAGAAGAGAACAGGUAAUUACCUUUUUUUGACAUUAUAGUACAGUAUGUAAAUGUUGACAGCAAUUACUGUAUGACAUACUAUAUACUGUACCACAGUAUACUGUAAGUAAAUAUAUGUUUCAGUACAUCACUGUACCAAUGUACUGUAGUAUUGUAAUGGAGGGUUGGUCUAACUGUUUGUAGGCCUAGUAUUCCAUGUAUAUUUUUUGUAACUCCAUGUUCUCUUUUUGUAGAAUUGAAAGACUGCCACAUGGGGGUGGGAGGACAGGUAUGUUCUCCCCACACCAAGAGACCCUAAUUGUUGAUAUGGUCCGUGAGAACAAUGCCAUUAAACUGAGCGAAAUUCAGCAGAAGAUCAUUGAGGACCAUUUAAAUUUUGAGGGUAUCAACAGUGUCAGCCUCUCUACUGUUGAUCGUGUCCUCAAGCGCAACAGACUGCGCAUGAAACAGCUAUACAGAGUGCCCUUUGAUCGCAACUCAGACAGAGUCAAAGAGCAAAGAUUCCAGUAUGUACAGGUUGGUAUAUAUCCAGACACAUUCAAUGUUGAUUACUCUAAGUAGUGAUUUACUGUAGUGGCCUAAAUCACUUUUUCCGUAUCACUUACAAAACUAUAUCUAUUUCUACAGAGGGUUUUUCAACUGGAUGCAAUGGAAAGACCCCAUCAAUACAUCUACAUGGAUGAAGCUGGGUUUAAUCUCACCAAAAGGAGAAGGAGAGGCCGUAAUGUGAUUGGCCAUCGGGCCAUUGUUGGUGUUCCUGGGCAGCGUGGUGGCAAUGUCACAUUAUGUGCUGCCAUCAGCAAUCAUGGGGUUGUCCACCAUCAUGCCAACCUGGGGCCCUACAACACUCACCAGCUCCUCAUUUUCCUCAAUCACAUGCGAGAUGCUUUGUUAGGGCAGCAGGAUGAGCAUCCCAUCUAUGUUGUUGUUUGGGACAAUGUGAGUUUUCACAGAGCCCUCCAGGUUAGAGAGUGGUACAAUAUGAACCAAGGUUUUAUCAAUCUUUGCCUUCCACCGUACUCCCCUUUCCUAAACCCCAUUGAGGAAUUCUUCUCCUCAUGGCGGUGGAUGGUAUAUGAACGCCAACCUUACACCAGGGUAAAUCUCCUGCAAGCCAUGGGACUUGCCUGUGGUGACAUAGGUGUGGAGGCAUGCCAAGCCUGCAUACGGCAUGCCAGGGGUUUUUUCCCCCGUUGCCUGGCCAGACAAAAUGUGGCCUGUGAUGUGGAUGAAGUCCUGUGGCCUGACCCAGUACGGAGACAUGAUGCUGCGGCUGAGUAAUGCACUUAUUUGUAUAUUUUUGUACUUUAUUUUUACAUGGGCUUACUGUACACAAGUGGCAAACGCAUAAGAUUUUUGUUUGUUUUUACAAGUGCUACAUGUAAAUGCACAAGAUUUCUGUUUUGUCUUUUUGUACAAGUGCUAAAUGCACAGGUUUUUUUUGUUUUGCAACAUGCAUUUAGCCUACAGUGAACAAUAAACAUUUAUGUCCUGAGCAUUGUGUUUUCUAUUUUUCUACGUAGUGUUUAGUGACUGUUCAGUAGUGUUUUUUAUUUUGAUUGACUCGGGGCACGAUUUGACAACAUAGUUCAGUUUUGAGCACAGAUUGAACUGUUUUGAGGUGAAAGUUUGGUUUUGCAAGAAGAGUCUGAGGUUUUGUGAAUGUAGCUUGAAAAUUGGGUUUUGUGUUCACAGUUAAGAGAAAAGGAGAGCAGCUUUCAAGAAAUGUGUCUUAGCAAUCGAGAAAAACUGUAACACCCCGGCCAACCUACAAUCUGAACUAGAUGCCCUCAAUCUCACACAAAUUAUCAACGAACCUACCAGGUACAACCCAAAAUCUGUAAACAUGGGCACCCUCAUAGAUAUCAUCCUGACAAAUGUACCCUCUAAAUACACCUCCGCUGUCUUCAACCAGGAUCUCAGCGAUCACUGCCUUAUUGCCUGCGUUGUAAUGGGUCUGCGGUCAAACGACCACCCCUCAUUACUGUCAAACGCUCCCUAAAACACUUUAGCGAGCAGGCCUUUCUAAUUGACCUGGCCCGGGUAUCCUGGAUGGAUAUUGACCUCAUUCCGUCAGUAGAGGAUGCCUGGUUGUUCUAUAAAAGUGCUUUCCUCUCAAUCUUAAAUAAGCAUGCCCCAUUCAAAAAAUUCAGAACUAAGAACAGAUAUAGCCCCUGGUUCUCCUCAGACUUGACUGCCCUUGACCAGCACAAAAACAUCCUGUGGCCUACUGCAUUAGCAUCGAACAGCCCCCGCGAUAUGCUACUUUUCAGGGAAGUCAGGAACCAAUAUACACAAUCAGUUAGGAAAGCAAAGGCUAGCUUUUUCAAACAGAAAUUUGCAUCCUGUAGCACUAACUCCAAAAAGUUUUGGGACACUGUAAAGUUCAUGGAGAAUAAGAGCACCUCCUCCCAACUGCCCACUGCACUGAGGCUAGGAAACACUGUCACCACCGAUAAAUCUACAAUAAUCGAGAAUUUCAACAAGCAUUUUGCUACGGCUGGCCAUGCUUUCCACCUGGCUACCACUACCCCGGCCACCAGCUCUGCACCCUCUGCUGCAACUUGCCCAUGCCUUGGUUUCUCAAAUGACUGCCUCGCCUGGUUCACCAACUACUUCUCAGAUAGAGUUCAAUGUGUCAAAUCGGAGGGCCUGUUGUCUGGACCUCUGGCAGUCUCUAUGGGGGUGACACAGGGUUCAAUUCUUGGACCGACUCUAUUCUCUGUGUAUAUCAAUGAUGUUGCUCUUGCUGCUGGUGACGCUCGGAUCCACCUCUAUGCGGACGACACCAUUUUGUAUACAUCUGGCCCUUCAUUGGAUACUGUGUUAACAAAACUCCAAACAAGCUUCAAUGCCAUACAACACUCCUUCCGUAGCCUCCAACUGAUCUUAAACACUAGUAAAACUAAAUGCAUGCUCUUCAACCGAACGCUGCUUGCACCCGCCCACCCGACUAGACUCACUACUCUCGGCGGGUCUGACCUAGAGUAUGUGGACAACUACAAAUACCUAGGUGUCUGGUUAGACUGUAAACUCUCCUUCCAGACUCACAUUAAGCAUCUCCAAUCAAAAGUUAGAUCUAGAAUCGGCUUCCUAUUUCGCAACAAAGCCUCCUUCACUCAUGCUGCCAAACAUGCCCUCGUAAAACUGACUAUCCCACCGAUCCUUGACUUCGGCGAUGUCAUUUACAAAAUAGCCUCCAACACUCUACUCAGCAAAUUGGAUGUAGUCUAUCACAGUGCCAUCCGUUUUGUCACCAAAGCCCCAUAUACACUGCUCAAAAAAAAAAGGGAACACUUAAACAACACAAUGUAACUCCAAGUCAAUCACACUUCUGUGAAAUCAAACUGUCCACUUAGGAAGCAACACUGAUUGACAAUAAAUGCAGGAGCAGGAGGAGCACUGCCAGAGCCCUGCAAAAUGACCUCCAGCAGACCACAAAUGUGCAUGUGUCUGCUCAAACGGUCAGAAAUAGACUCCAUGAGGGUGGUAUGAGGGCCCGACGUCCACAGGUGGGGGUUGUGCUAACAGCCCAACACUGUGCAGGACGUUUGGCAUUUGCCAGAGAACACCAAGAUUGGCAAAUUCGCCACUGGCACCCUGUGCUCUUCACAGAUGAAAGCAGAUUCACACUGAGCACAUGUGACAGACGUGACAGAGUCUGGAGACGCCGUGGAGAACGUUCUGCUGCCUGCAACAUCCUCCAGCAUGACCGGUUUGGCGGUGGGUCAGUCAUGGUGUGGGGUGGCAUUUCUUUGGGGGGCCGCACAGCCCUCCAUGUGCUCACCAGAGGUAGCCUGACUGCCAUUAGGUACCGAGAUGAGAUCCUCAGACCCCUUGUGAGACCAUAUGCUGGUGCGGUUGGCCCUGGGUUCCUCCUAAUGCAAGACAAUGCUAGACCUCAUGUGGCUGGAGUGUGUCAGCAGUUCCUGCAAGAGGAAGGAAUUGAUGCUAUGGACUGGCCCGCCCGUUCCCCAGACCUGAAUCCAAUUGAGCACAUCUGAGACAUCAUGUCUCGCUCCAUCCACCAACGCCACGUUGCACCACAGACUGUCCAGGAGUUGGCGGAUGCUUUAGUCCAGGUCUGGGAGGAGAUCCCUCAGGAUUUUUGACUUGUUUUAAGGACAUUACAUCAAAGUUGGAUCAGCCUGUAGUGUGGUUUUCCACUUUAAUUUUGAGGGUGACUCCAAAUCCAGACCUCCAUGGGUUGAUACAUUUGAUUUCCACUGAUAAUUUUUGUGUGAUUUUGUUGUCAACACAUUCAACUAUGUAAAGAAAAAAGUAUUUAAUAAGAUUAUUUCAUUCAUUCAGAUCUAGGAUGUGUUAUUUUAGUGUUCCCUUAAUUUUUUUGAGCAGUGUACUACCCACCAUUGUGACCUGUACGCUCUUGUUGGCUGGCCCUCACUACAUAUUCGUCGCCAAACCCACUGGCUCCAGGUCAUCUGUAAAUCACUGCUAGGCAAAUCCCCGUCUUAUCUUAGCUCACUGGUCACCAUAGCAACACCCACCCGUAGUCUGCGCUCCAGCAGGUAUGUCUCACUGGUCAUCCCCAAAGCCAACACCUCCUUUGGCCGCCAUUCCUUCCAGUUCUCUGCUGCCAAUGACUGGAACGAACUGCAAAAAUCUGUGAAGCUGGAGACUCUUAUCUCCCUCACUAACUUUAGGCGUCAGUUGUCAGAACAGCUUACACACUGCAUCUGUACACAGCCCAUCUGUAAUUAGCCCAUCCCCCAUAUUGUUAUUUAUUUUGUUAAUUUGCACCCCAGUAUCUCUGUUUGCAUAUCAUCUUUUGCACAUCUGUCAUUCCAGUGUUAAUCCAUAAUUUACUACAUUCGCACACACUGUAUAUAUAUUUUCUGUUGUAUUUUUGACUUUAUGUUUUGUUUACCCCAUAUGUAACUCUGUGUUGUUGUUUUUAUCGCACUGCUCUGCUUUAUCUUGGCCAGGUCGCAGUUGUAAAUGAGAACUUGUUCUCAACUGGCUUACCUGGUUAAAUAAAGGUAAAAUAAAAAAUAAAAAUCUCUUAUACAGAGUGACUUACAGCCAUGAAAGUCACUUUAUACUGCUGUAUUUGCUUCCAAGUUACACUUUCACUCUUGCUCACUCUUACUCAAUUUCAUGUUCUCUCUCUCUAUCUCUCAUCAACCCUAUCUUUGCGUCCCCCUCUUCCAGGAUAUGAGGGAGUGCCUCAGUUCUUCUCCUCCCUCCUCAGUCACAUUGAGUCAGUAUUGGACCACCGGGGACUGGAAGUCCCACAGGCAACAUGUCCUCUUGCUCCUUCAGCCCCCCAGGCUGAACUCUGA